AUGUUGUUGCCAAAGGGCGGAGUUACCUGGAAGUCCGCCAGAGCCCGGUUACCACCGUGGCGGGCAGUCCUGGUUCUACUGACCAGGACGCGAUUCCUCGUCACCAUUGCCGUGACGGGUCUGGUUAUCCUGCUAUGGCGCGGCGUCAGCAAGUCCGCGUCGGAGAUGCAAAAUUUCUACUGUUAUGGCUCGAGCAAGUCACCGAUGGAGAUGUCCCUGAACGAGAUGGUUGAGUGGAAUGCCCACUCACAAACCCCCGUCCUCUUCAACCACCACGCACCCUACGAAGUGAACAGCACCUCUAUCACCGAGGUCAACCUGAACCCUAUCAAGUCUUCCAUCCAGGCAGUGUCCAACCGCGAGCGUUUGACUUACCCGCACGAGCUGAUUGAUCUCGCCUUUCUGGUUGGCGAUUGUAAGGAUGACACUCUGGCCAACCUGGCGUCCGAGCUGGAUCGUAUCCAGAACCACGCCGAUGAGAAAAUUCGCUUCCGCAGCGCUACCGUUGUUCGCAAGGACUUCGGCGCCGAUGUCGAGAUGACCGUUGAGGAGCGACACUCGUUUGCUGCUCAGGGCCCUCGUCGCAAAGCUAUUGGUCGUGCCCGCAACUACCUACUCUACUCCGCUCUCAAGGCCGACCACUCCUGGGUCUAUUGGCGCGAUGUCGAUAUUGUGGACUGCCCCGAACGCAUCUUGGAGGAUUUCAUGGCCCACGACAAGGAUAUUUUGGUGCCCAACAUUUGGUUCCACCGUUAUCGCGAUGGCCGUGAUAUUGAAGGUCGCUUCGAUUAUAACUCGUGGAUCGAAUCCGACAAGGCGAUGCGCUUGAAGCAGACCCUUGACCCUAACGUCAUUUUGGCCGAGGGCUACAAGGAGUACGACACCGGCCGCACAUACCUGGUUAGCAUGGGAGACUGGCGCAAGAACAAGGAUGAGGAGGUUGAGCUUGACGGCAUCGGUGGCGUUAACAUUCUCGUCAAGGCCGAUGUCCACCGCUCCGGUAUCAACUUCCCUUCCUACGCUUUCGAAAACCAGGCCGAGACUGAAGGCUUCGCCAAGAUGGCCAAGCGCGCUGGCUACCAGGUGGUUGGUCUGCCCAACUACGUGGUCUGGCACAUCGACACGGACGAGAAGCCCGGCAACCUGGGAGACCGCAAGGCGUACUAG